UUGAUGUUACAAUUGAAUUUUGUCAGGAGCAGAAUCUGUAACCUUCCUGUCUGAAUUUGAAGCCUCAGAGAUGAUGUAUCUAUUUUCAGUUAUGUUUUUUUUAUUUACUCAAAGUCUUUCCCUUUUUUUUUUUUUUGUUUAUGAAUCAAAAUUCGAUGUUGAUGUUUUGCAGAGUGAAGGCAAACGCAGGUACAGUAACAAACUUCGAGGUGCUUGAUUUGCUUAACUCAAAAGGUGCAUCAAAGGAUACUACAAGAGUUAUGGGCCUUAAGGAUAAAGUUUCUAGCUCAGAGUACAAGGUCUAUGAUUAUUUGAUGGAGACUGCUGCUUCCACUCAGACGCGAGAGAGUGUUACCAAAUUCUCUGACAAGUGCAAAGAUUUUAAGCUUGUUAAAGCUGAGAUUCUCAAUAUCAUCAAUCUCAGGCCAUCUUCUGAUGUUGAAUUGACGCCGAUCAUAGAGAAGCCUGAUGAACGUGAAAUCGACACAGAAGGGAUACUAGAGCUCGUGCAGCAGCUGCUACCGCCUCUUCCUACACUGGAAAGCGAACAAGAGGAAACAGAGAACGCUGAACAAGAGGAAACUGCAGUUUAAUUUUGAGAUAUUAUAUCAAGUCUUUCAAGAUACAUGCUUAAUUUCCCACUAAUUCAUUAUUUGAAUAGCAACCCUAUUUUUGAACUUAAAGUCAAAGCCAAUCAAAACUUGGAGAAACAUGUCCAGUUUCAAUGUUCACUCAAGGAAUGAUUGCACGACCAAACAAUUACUGAAACUAUUUUUUAUAUAUUGGCAUAUUCUGUAA